AUGGCGCCUCCAAACGGACAUGGCGAUAGUAUUUUCCCGUAUAUUGCUCCCGGUUGUCCUUCGGACAUGGUCGCUAGGCCCGAAGACUGGAAUGCGGAGAGGUUCAAGAUCGUGCUUCCUCUGGGCCAGGGGGCGAAGAGCAAAGUGAUGCUGGCGGUGGACAGGCUCUCUUGGCGGCAGGUGGCGCUGAAGAAGAUCAAGUGCAGAAGUUUGAGCAGCCGCGAGGCGCAGCAGCUGGAGAAGGAGAUUCUGAUCCACGGCUCGAUCACACACAAGCACCUGCUGGCGCUCUGGGGCGCGUUUCGGGACGCCGACAACUUCUACAUCGUGCUGGAGAUCGCGGACGGCGGGGACCUGUACCGGCGGAGCCACCGCGUGCAGAUGAAGGAGGCGGCGAUCGUGAACCGCGUCCUGCGGCCCCUGCUCGAGGUGGUGGCGUUCCUGCACGCGAACAACGUGAUUCACCGCGACAUCAAGCCGGAGAACAUCGUGUUCACGCAGCAGGGGCAGCUCAAGCUCGCCGACCUGGGUCUCGCCCUCGACACCUCCAAGGACCAGGGCGUGUCGCGCGUGGGAACGCUGGAGUUCAUGGCGCCCGAGGUCAUCAUGUGCGGGCGCAUCACGCCGGUGGGGAUCACCAACGAGGUGCUGCCGCUGCCCGGCAACGAGAUCCCCAAGGAGCAGAGGACGCCCUACGACGAAAAGGUGGACAUCUGGGCCGUCGGGUGCCUGGCGUACGAGAUGUUCUGCCACGUCACGCCGUUCCUGCACGACAAGCGCGAGGCCACCAUCGCGCGCAUCCUUGAAGGGCGCUUCACCCUCCCCGCAAAGAUGCCCCCCAAGGCCGGCGAAUUCGUGACGGCGUGCCUGCAAGUGCCCCCGGCGCAGCGACCGUCCGCGAUGGAGCUGCUCGCCUCGCCGCUGCUGGCCCUCGACCGCCCCCGCGAACCGGUGCAGACCUCGGCAAUGGAGGCAGGGAACGCGCGGCCCGGGGCGUCCACCUCCGACGUCGAGCUCGGCAUCGACGUGCGCGCCGCCAAGGCGGCGGUCUCGCUCGCGGGCACGGCGUCCCUCCACGGCCUCCACGGGAACCAUCAGGCGACGUCGGUGCCCCGCGCCCCCAAGUCGGAGGCGAUGUUCGGCACGGCCGGCCCGCCAGCGUCGACAUCUUCCGUGCACCGACGCGAAGUCAGGGAGUCCAACUCGGGCGCGCCGAUGCGUCUGGCCAUGGUGUCGUACUCGUCGUCGCGAUUCGCCCCUUCGGAGGUGCAGUCCCAUCCGGGCGUGUCGGCGAUUCAGAGCCCCCACUCUGCCAGUGCGCGGCAGGAGCAAGAAAACCCCAACGGCGGUCAGCCUGCUUGGAAACGUUUCGGGGCGAAGCUGCCGGGCCUCCAUUCCGACGGAAAGCAGCACGUCAACGCCAGCGAUGCAGGAGCUAGGACGCAUCAGGGACAGGUACAGCAGAGGGCCACAACUUCGCCCGCUAGCGGCCGGCCGCCGCAGCCGUCCGCGAUCCUCACACCUGUGUGCGAGACGACUUCGGCGGCAACGAAGGCGACCCUGGGCCUGUCCACCGGUGGUCAGACGGGCGAGUACACGUCCGGACACCAGCCAGUGCCCGCCAAGCCGGUCGAUCAUGCCUUCCGUGGCGAGCUGCGAGGUCAAGUAGGAGGCAAAAAGCGUUCGGGCAUAUGCCUCUGCUUCGGAGCAUGA